ACCCACCACAACCGCCGUUGGAUGGGACCCUGGUUUGUGAGCACCUGAGCCUUCCUGAACGAAGCAAAAAAGGCAAGAGAUGUACAUUGGCCAAGCGCGCGCGGUGCGAUUGAAGCGGUCAUCACGAAGAAGCAUUUGCUCCCCGUCCAAUACACGCCGUGCUUCGCUAGCACGACCUACCUUCCCGCCGACGGGAGCGACCAGCGAAGGCAGCCGUAGGCCUAGCACAGAGGUCAGCUCGGCACCGCGGCCGCAACAGCAGCAGGCUUAGCAGCGGCAUCACAACCCCGGACGCCAUGCCGCCCCGAAUAAAUAUCCCGCCAGUUACCCGCGCCCUGCUCGUCGCGCUCGUGCUGCAGUCGGCCCUGAGUGCCGCGAUCCGCUACCGACAGUGGUCCGCCCACUCCGACAUCGUCAUCCCGUACCUCAACCUGAUCCCGCAGCUGUCGCUCGUCUACCCCUGGACCUUUGUAACCACCACGCUGGUUGAGACCAACCUCGUCACCUUCGCCAUCGCCACCGUCACCCUGUACAAUGGUGGCCGCUACCUGGAGAGGGCCUGGUCCUCGAGGGAGUUUGCCAAGUUCCUCCUCAUCAGCUCUCUCGUCCCCAACUUCCUCUGCUUCGCCGUCAUGUUUACAUUCUUCAUCUUCACCCAGAACGAGCACUGGACUCUCUCGACCAUUGGCGGCACUAUUCCGCUGCAGAUCUCCUUCCUCGUUGCCUUCAGCCAACUGGUCCCGGCCCACACGGUGACUCUAUUCCGGGGCAUCGUGUCCCUGCGCGUGCCCAGAUUCCCCAUCCUAUACGUCGGCGUCAUCACGGUCCUCUCGCUCACGCCAAUGCUCACGAGCGCCUCCUUCUUCCUCACCAUAUUCGGCAUGCUCACGAGCUGGACCUACCUGCGAUUCUACAAGACGGCGUUUCCCGACCUAGACUCGUCGCAGUCGGCGUCCCUCCGCGGCGACGCCAGCGAAACGUUCGCAUUUGCCGAAUUCUUCCCGGGGCCGGCCAAGCCGUUCGUAGCGGGUGUCUCGGUGCAGGUGUUCAACGUCAUGGUCGCCCUGAGGCUCUGCAGCCCCUUCUCGCAGGCCGACGUUGCCGCGUCGCGCGGCGACGGUGGGGCGUUCCUGCAGCGUGGCGCCCCCGGGGGCGCGAGGGCGGAGGCCGAGAGGCGGCGGGCCGUCGCGCUCAAGGCUCUCGACCAAAGGCUCCACGCGGCAACCGCGCACGCCGCCUCGCGGCCGUCCGGCGGAUCGUCUCACCAACAGUCUCAGCCCGCCGCCGUGGCGACCACCGGACCUACUGUGCAGAGCCAGCCCCAACCCAGCGCCCAGACAGCCAUGACGUCUCCGCCGGUGCUUCUGGGCGAAACUAACUACGUGCCCGAGCACGAGUCGUCCGAGAAGCAUGGGCCAUGAGGUCAAUCGGUUCCUCUAGCUGCCUCUUUCUUGGGCCAAAUUCCAUCUUGCCCGCAACCCCCCCCC